CGCUCACAGCGUGAAGCUCUCAGAGGAUGAGUGCAGCAGCCGGGUUCUGAUCCAGAGCUGGAAGGUUAUUGUGCUGCUUCUAACUCUCACCCUUACACAGGUGCUCCACAGUAAUAAACAUGGCAACAUCAGCCAGCUCGCAGCUCAGCAAGGUGGUGAAGCGGCAGUAUAUGGAGCUUCCGCAGGGGGACAAAGUGCAGGUCAUGUACAUCUGGAUCGACGGCACAGGGGAAGGACUGCGCUGCAAGACCAGGACGCUCGACUGCGAGCCAAAGAGCAUAGAGGAUCUUCCUGAGUGGAACUUUGAUGGUUCCAGCACCUACCAGUCUGAAGGCUCCAACAGUGACAUGUAUCUCAUUCCCUCAGCCAUGUUCAGAGAUCCAUUCCGUAAAGACCCCAAUAAACUGGUUCUGUGUGAAGUCCUGAAAUACAAUCACAAACCUGCCGAAACUAACCACCGCUUGACAUGUAAGAAGAUCAUGCAGAUGGUGGAGGAGCAGAGCCCAUGGUUUGGCAUGGAGCAGGAGUACACUAUCCUAGGAACUGACGGUCACCCCUUCGGCUGGCCUUCCAACGGCUUUCCCGGUCCUCAGGGACCGUAUUACUGUGGAGUUGGUGCUGACAAAGCUUACGGCAGGGAUAUUGUGGAAGCCCACUACAGAGCAUGUCUGUACGCUGGUGUGAACAUCUGCGGCACCAAUGCUGAAGUCAUGCCUGCUCAGUGGGAGUUCCAGGUGGGGCCGUGUGAGGGCAUCACGAUGGGAGAUCACCUCUGGGUGGCUCGUUUCAUCCUGCACAGAGUGUGUGAAGACUUCGGCGUUGUUGCCUCGUUCGACCCCAAACCCAUCCCGGGGAACUGGAACGGUGCAGGAUGCCACACCAACUUCAGCACCAAGGAGAUGCGUGAAGAAGGCGGGCUUAAAUGCAUUGAGGAAUGUAUUGAGAAGCUGGCGAAGCGGCAUGACUACCACAUCCGUGCCUAUGACCCCAAAGGAGGUCUGGACAAUGCUCGACGCCUUACAGGCCACCACGAGACCUCCAACAUCCACGAGUUCUCUGCUGGAGUCGCCAAUCGUGGCGCCAGCAUCCGCAUCCCUCGCUCUGUGGGUCAGGAGAAGAAGGGAUACUUUGAAGACCGCCGCCCGAGUGCUAACUGUGACCCGUACGCCGUCACCGAAGCCCUCAUACGCACGUGUCUGCUUAGUGAAGACCGGGACGAACCUGUGGACUAUUAGAUCUUUUCAAUCUCGUUUGUCUUUGUUUGUAGGACUGAACUCCAUUUCUCGACUCGUCUCUUAAAACGGCCGCUAGGGCAGAUUUUAUACUGUUUUCUUUUUAAUUUCAGUCUCAGUAGAAUGUCUUAACCAUGCAUCAUUGUGGUUUUUAAAAGAAGUUGGCUGGUCAACUUAACAUUUUAAUUUCAAACAUUAACCGGGGACGUGAUGUUGCGGCGCAUAUCUGACCCUCCUGUGUGUCCUUUCUGUCAUUAUUUGACUUUUUUUCUGGGACACUCAAACCUCCAUGAUCUCCACACUGUUCCCUCUUCACUCUGGUAAAAGACUGAAUUUGAGCUGAGCAGACACUCGGGCUGCAGCACCUUUACCUUCAGUAGUUAGCUGAUGUACUCGCGCUGAUGUAACCUGUGUAAUGUCUUACUGUUACUAACUAAAUAGGUGUUAAACGGCAACAUUAUGUGAUUUUUCUACUGCUUCAGGUCGUACGUUCACUCUCGAUACAUCACUUGCUUAAAAGAGCACAUAUGUAUGCAUCUGACCUCUGAAGUUGCUGAACCUGGUUGUUGGUUUGUAGGUUUUUUUUUUUUUUUUUUUUUUUCUCAUGACCGAUUGCAUUAAAAGCUAGCCAGUGCUAUGAUAAACUGACCAUAAAAACAUACUUGUGCAAAAACAUUUUAUAUUAAUUAAAUAAAAUCAGCUGUAUCAGUA